UAAGAAUGUAUUUCCGGUUUUAGUGACAUAUUUGCAAGUUUUUAGAUCUCAGUUUUGUAAGCAAAAAUGACCUGAUUGGGAAAAUGAACUUUGGAAUUCAUGGAACGUCAAGUCCAAGGGUGGACUAUCGCAACCUGCCUGGUAGUGCAAGACGGCCAGGAAGUGCCAGGAGCAACAGAAAUCCCAUAACAGGAGAAGAAAUACCAUGUCCUGUUCCACAUCAGCCUACACAAGACACGUCAAGCAGUCAGAGGCCACAGAGUCGACCUGAUAGUGUUCCUUCUUUAAACCUUAAGUACCUAAAGGACGAGGAUAUUUUCUCGAAGCCAAUUAAUCCGUACCACUACUCCUUGGAUACUCCCAACACAGCCUCCACUGUCAGCUGGGGUUCUCCGCAAAAUACCAGUAGAUUUGAGUACAAGUCACAGAAAGCCAGCUCGUCCGUGCGACCUAAUGGAGUUCCAGGGUUGUCUAUAGCUGCUCAAGAGCCAGCACAGAGAUCGUACAGAAAGCCUCUAUCUGCCAAGCCGAAACAGCCGAGUGCGUGGGACAAGGAGCCAGUCCCGGAGAAUGUGGCGCCUCCUUCCGUCCACCACCAGCAGAUGUACAAACAAUACCAGGAUGAGCUGAAGCAGUCAUACAGAGCUCACGUGGCCCAGACAGACAUCCGAGAGAAGGAUAUUGCUGAGAAAAUGGAAGCGUUAAAGAAGAUGAAGACUGCCCCUCCGCCGGAUCUGAUCAGUGACAUCAACAACUCGGCCGUCAAUGACGUCAGUGACGAGGAAGAUGUGUUACAACAAAGCUGGGCCAAGCAGAGAUACUCCACACAGCAGCUGUUGAGGAAAAUGGAUGCUGAUGGGCUUUUGGAGUACAACAAAAAGGAGAAAUUGUUAGAAACCGUUCUAGCAGACCAGCUGUCAAGAGCUGUAAUCAGUGAUCCAGAGCAGAAUCAAAGAACUUCAUUCAAGGCUUAUGACCACAGGAAAGGCAGAGGAAGCAACCGUUUCAUGCACGAGUCUAGAGUGAGUACCCCAUCUACUGCAGAAGACCUUAUGUCAAAGAGAGUUCGAUUUGGGGCAAGGAUUGUAUCAAGAAAUGGACAUGAUGCAUUGAGAGAACUGACGGGUUUCUUCUUUCACUGGGACAACACUCUGACCAUUUAUGAAUUCAGGCAGUUUGGGAAAAGUGCCAAGGCAAUGCCAUUCAUACAUCGAGGUCAGUUUGUGCAACCAAAAGGCCCGAAAUGUGGUAACCCAUACACACUGGCUGACAUUUGCUCUGGUUCGAAUCUGUACAUACCCACCAGUGACCAGCACUGUCUCCCGGCUACAAUGGUCGACAAGAAGUAUGCUAUUUUUAGAAUAACAGAUGUCGAUAAGGAAAUAAAGGCAGAACUUCUACUUGAUGGUGUAGCCACUACAGAGAGACAGGCUACAUUUGCCAGACUUCACUUCCCCAGCAAGGAGGAAUAUGAGAACCAGCAAAUACUCCAUUACAUACAGAGUGACGUGAAAGACAGAAUCAAGAAGCGAGCUAUUAAGACGGUGAUCGGCUUGGGACGGUAUUAUCGUAAGCUGGAUGACUACGACACCGGUCUUCUCAUUCAGAAUGAACUUGAGGCAGGACUUGGAGCUUUUCACAUUGAUGUAUCACAACAGAGUCUUGACGCCGUGUGGGAGAUACUGGACCCAGAAGGGAGUGGCUCAGUCGACUACGGAGAUUACAUGAGAGCUAUUCUAGGAGAGAUGAACGAGUACAGGAAGUCACUCAUUAGAAAGGCUUUUCAGAAGGUAGAUACAGGAAAGAAGGGAUUUAUAACUGUGAAUGAGAUCAAGAAAUUCUUUAGUCCCAAUUACAAGCCAUCAAAAUCUUCAGAUGUUGAUGGUAGUGCACUGCAGGCAUUUCUAAAUGCUGUGUGUGUGUCGUCCAAGCAGGAGGAAGUGCAGUAUGUUGAGUUUGAGGAAUACCACGAGGGUCUCAGCAUUGGGGUGGCCACGGAUCAGGACUUUGCAAACAUUCUGCGAAACACUUGGACCAUCUAGCACAUAUCAAACUGUGACUAUCUAGUACAAUGUCUAACACUGAUCAACUGAUCAUCUAGUAUAAUGACAUGGUAAACUGUGAUCAUAUAGGCCAUGUCAAACACUUGGACCAUCUCAUGCAUGUUAAACACUUGGACUGUCUAGUACAUGUUAAACUGUGACUCAUCUAGUACAGUGUCAAACACUGAUCAUCUAGUACAAUGUCAUGGUAAACUGUGACGAUCUAGUACAGUGUCAAACUGUAACCAUUUAGUUAGUACAUGUUAACACUUUGACCACAUAGGCCAUGUCAAACACUUAGACCAUCUGGUACAUGUCAAACACUUGGACCAUCUGACACAUGUUAAACACUUGGACCAUCUGACACAUGUUAAACACUUGGACCAUCUGACACAUGUUAAACACUUGAACCAUUUGGUACAUGUUAAACACAUGGCCCAUCUAGUACAUGUUAAACACUUGGACCAUCUGGUACCUGUUAAACCCUAGGACCAUGUAGAACAUGUUAAACACUUGGACCAUCUAGUACAUGUUAAACUAAUAUGUCUGUGAUAUUUUGUUGCCGUCCCAUUGUCAUUAUUCUUGUGGUUUCUGUGGUAAAUUGUCAUGUUAUAAGAAGAGAUGAAAAUGUUCUGGAUUAUUUGCUUCAGGAUACUCCCAAAAACUGUUUGUGUCUUUGGCCUUUGAUGAAAAGCUCAUGUUAAUGUUCUAUAUUUCAAGACAGAUUUGUUUUUGUUAAGUGUUAUUUUUUAAUCCAUGCAUAAGUAACAUUAAAAAUUCAAGUCCUAGAAAUAGCAUUGAAGGCAAAAAUCUUUCAGUGUUAAAUUAUUUAUGUAUUUUUAUUAGUUUUACCUCUGUUCCAUUUCUGUUAUAAACAUUUAGGAGACAGUGCUUAAACAUAGUCUUAUAUGUACAAUGUCCUUUUAUAAAAAUUAUGUUACUAUUAUUUUGUAUUUUCCAAAAAGAAAGUUCACUUUGGUAUUGUCUUACUCAAGAUAUUAAUAUUGGAUUGAUGUAUACUAGUAUUAAAAUAAAUACAAAUGUAUUAUAUCUAAUUGUGGUUCCGGGUUCUGAACACGCAUGUUAGCAGUUUGUCCAGGAAUGUUUAGUCAAUGUUUUGUGAAUAUUUAGUCAGUAUAAUCAUUCUAGAUGGAGGGGCGGGACGAAGCCCAGUGGUAAAGCACUCGCUUGAUGCGCGGUCGGUUUAAGGUCGAUCUCCAUUGGUGGGCCCAUUGGGCUAUUUCUCGUUCCAGCCAGUGUAC